AUGCAACAAGGCUAUGAGGAGAAAGUUUAUAGAUUGAAGAAAGACUUAUAUGGCUUGAAACAAGCACCACGAGCUUGGUGCAAUCAUAUAGAUGCUUAUCUUGCUAAACAAAGCUUUCAAAAGUGUCCAAAUGAACAUACUUCGUAUGUUAAGGAUGAGGAAGAAAGUAAAAUGCUUAUUAAAUACAUCCAGGAGGUUGUGGAAAGAUUUCAGAUGCCGAAUUGCAAUCCAGUUGGAAUACCAACUGAAAUAGGAUUGAAGUUGAGUAGAGAUCUUGAUGGUGUAAGAGUAGACACCACUUUUUACAAACAUUUUGUUGGAAGUCUGAUGUAUUUGGCUUCAACAAGACCUGAUAUCAUGUAUGUCGUGAGUUUGAUACGUCGAUAUAUGGAGAAUCCAACUUAG